AUGAUGGACAUUAACAAUGGUUGGUUCGAACCUCUAAAUCAUUCUUUAACACUCAAGACUCAAUCUACCACCAUCAAUAGCACCAAUCCCCCAUACGAUCAUGAAGGUAUGCUGGAUUCUCAACAGCAAACGUUUGUAACAAAACAUGAUUUAGAACUACUUCAUAAGAAAAUCAUUGCGACUGAUUUAAUUGUACAAAAAUAUCAAGAUGCUAAUCGAGCCCUAUCGAGAUUGCAAGCAGAAAAUGACAAUCUUCGCCAACAAGUGGAUCAAAUAACAAAUGAAUGUUGUAUCUUCAGUAAACAGGUAACCGAGUGUACACAAGAAUGCGAUAGUUUAAAAGAGCAAAUUUCGAUAUUGAAUGGUGAAAAACGAGAAAUGCAACAACAGUUACGUCUGCUGCAAGAUGAAAAUACCAAUAAUUAUCAUGAAAUCAUGGUUUUAAAACAAUACGAGUCAUUGAAAGACAUCAAUGAUGAUUUGACAAAAACUGUCGAACGACAACAGAAACAUCUAGCCAAAUUACAACUCCAAGUGCAACGCAAAACACCGAUUGUUUACAAACCAAACAAAGCCAGUAAAGAACCAUCUGAGACCGAUAUUGCUUUGGUAAAUUCACAGAAAGCAGUUCGUGAGUUGAAGUUAGCACUUGGACGUCUGGUUAGUUUUAUACAAAUAUCCAACAUUGAAAUCCCAACUGCUUUGAACAUUCGGCCUGUACUCAAAGCUCAUGAUAUUAAUGACGAUUUUUUGGAAAUCGAAGGUGAAAUCUUCCGCAAACCGGUGAAAAAGAAACGCAAACCGGUUGUUACUCAAACGGUAGUUGAAGAAGAAGCAGAUGGCGAUGACGAAGACGAUGCUAAUGAUUUCAUUGAAGUAACUGACACGGUGCAAACUCCGGUUGUAAAUACAAACGUUCCAGUGGAAAAUACUGCUGAAGAAACACCAUCGAAAACAUCCGCUCGCCCGAAAAAGCAGCAAGAGAAGAAGAAGGAGACAAAAAAGACUCGAACUUCACCGAUAAAAACUCGUCGACAAACUGAAUUAUCAAAAUCUGAGGAUGCAACAGCAAAUCUUGCCGAUCUAGAAACUAGACUGGAAUUGGCUUUGUCUCAACCCAAUGAACCCGAACCCAUCUCACCUAUGCGAUCGUUUUUCAGUGACGACGAUGAUAUCGACAAUAAAACGAGCGCGUCAGAUAAACCACAACUCUCAACACCUGUUUACAAUCCACUUAUCUCGAAAUCAGCAGCUAACCCUCCAAAAACCAAUUCAAGUAUAACUAUUAUUCCUAAAUCAUCGAAACCAAUUUCAAGCAACGUAUCAUUUUUAAGCGAUGAUGAUAAUGAGGAACCAUCACAACAGAGAUUACCAUCGAUGGCGACAUUUAUUGCACCAAAACCAACGAAUAUUCCUGUGCCAGUUGAUAGAAUGACUCCAAUGGAAUCUGAACCAACAGAGAAAUCAGCAAAAUACACGUCAUUUCUUAGCGAAGAGGAUGACGAUAAUAAAUCAUUGUCAUCUGCUUCGACGCCGGUUACUACUCAACCAUCACCAUUUCUACGCCAAGAAAAUAUUUCGCCAUUAAAAGCCAAUGAUGCAAUUCCAGAAACUAUCACUAAUGCAACGGAGAAAUCGUCAGCAUCAAUGACUCCUAUUCUUUCAAAUGAUAUUUCACAACAAUCUUCAUCAUCGCCUAUGGAAGAAGAUCCAGUUUUAUCAAUAAUUCCUGUGCAAACGGUCAAUCCGAACCAUAUUAAAAUUGUUUUGCGGUUGCUAGAUGUUUUAACACAAGUUCCACCGCCUUUGAAACCAUUACGAUUGGUUCGCCGUCGUAUUCAACGGAAAAAGACCUCUCAGUCUAAACCUAUAGAUGAGAAUGUGACUAAAUCAACUGAUGAACUUGCUAGCUCGUCACCACCAGCUCCAAUCGGUACCACGACCGACAGCAUUAUGGAAACUGAUACAAUUACGCCAACUGAAAAGCAAGCAGAAGUGAUUGAAGAAAAACUAGUGAAUCAAGUUUCUUUACCAAUCGAAACACCACUAGAGCUCGUGGAACACAGUCUGGAUACAACAGCAGAAACUUCACAGCCAACAGUUGAAGAAAUUCCGUCAGAUGAUCAAAUCCGUAUCGCCAGAGAAGAACAAUUCGAAUUAGUCGAUAUUCGACAAGAGAUAAUUCAUGAAACUGUAGAAAAUCGUGCAUCUAUCUCAGAUGAAAAAGAAGGACCACCUAUUAUGCCAGUUGUUGACAAACAGCCAGUGCGUAAAAUCGGAAUGGAUAUUGUGCAAAAGGCAAUAGUCGUACCAAACAAACCUUCGAUAGUAUUGCCAUCUCAGGAAUCCAGGCCAAUUAUCGAAACAAUACAAUUCAAGCAACCAUUGCCACCGCCGCGUCUCAUUCCCCCAGUUCCAAAAACUCCCGAACAAAAUCGUCUGAAACCUCUCCAACUUUCUAUUAUCACCCGUCUUCUCAAUGUACUCAUCAAUCUACCGGUCAAGCCUCUCACUCUCCCAACAUCAUUCCCGACUCGGAAACGCAAACGAAGAGUCUCUGUUAAGAAGCCGCCCAUUCCUCUUCCUCGACCACCAUCUAACCCAACAACUCAUUCACCAGUUCGAAUGCAAACUCGAUCGUUGAACACCAUCCGUUCGUGUCUUGCACGAUGCAAUCAACCGGUAACGAAUAUUAGAAAACGUACAGCUACGUUGGCACUAGCCCCAACAUCAUCAGCGUCCUCAACUGCUCCUAAACGAAUGAAAUCGAUGAAAAUCGAACAAUCGACAAAUGCAUACGAUUCGAUUACGAAGUUUCUCAAUUCCUUGUCCAAACAAAUUCACGAUGAAGUAGGUCAAAUGAUCGAACAGAAAUUACAAGAAGAUACAUCUCUAUUCAAUGAUCAUAUCUAUCGAAUCAUCAGUGAAUUGAUGAUUAACAAAUGUAGUAUUAUUUUACCACUAGUCAAUCAACUUCAUCCAUACGAAGAAUCAAUUCAAGUAUUGUUAAGUUUUAUCAAUAGUAAAUCGACUAUAUUUUCAAAGCACUUCAUCGCAAAACUGAAUCAAACGUUUGAAUACGAUGUGAAACACCACGAAUCCACAGCUCACAAGUGCAUUAAAAUCCUCAAUCGCUUAUUCUUUCUCAGUUGUUCAAUAUUUACCUUAUCAUCGUCAGGUGUGCCAGUCUAUGCCAGAUUAUUUGAUAUUGGUUACCAUCUUCCACACGCUGUACUAACUGAUGCUUUAUCAUUUCUUUCGAACGUAUAUUCAUCGUUAAUAUCGGUUGAUUGUCAAACGAAUUCAUCGAAUGUUUUAUUACAUCAAGUCUUAUUCGAUAUUUUCAAAGAAAACAAAAUCAAUGUCUCUCUGGAAUAUCUUGAAAAUCUUCUCAUUGGAUAUCAUCGAUAUACGCAUGAUCGCGAAGAUUUGCUACGUUGCUUUGUGCUCAUCUCUCGUUCUCAAACAUGGUCAUGGUGUGCAGGUGAAUUGUGCAAGAAGCUCCUCUUUCCAUUGUUGACUCAAAUCGAUGCCCAGGAUCGACAGCGAGAAACAAUUUUAAUGAUUUUACAAUACGUUUUAUACCUAUACAAAGACAACGGAGAGUUUCAGCGUGAUCUGGCCUUUCAUGAUCAAACGAAACAAUUGUUAUUAUCGUUAAAGACAAUGGCAGAUGAUGAAUGCAGUGUACGAAACAGAACUCUUUCCAUUUUUCAUACUUGUUGUCGAAUAAACAAAUAA